ACUGUUCCUCUGUAGCACGGUCCUGACUCGUUCCUCCACCGUCCCUCCGGCAUAGCCAAAGACCAUUGCAGUAGGGGCACCGCAACUAAUCGACUGCAGCCAUGAACGGUACAGAGGGGCCGUAUUUCUAUGUGCCCAUGUCCAACGCCACCGGCGUUGUGAGGAGUCCUUAUGAUUACCCGCAGUACUACUUAGUGGCACCAUGGGCGUACGCCUGCCUGGCUGCCUACAUGUUCUUCCUCAUCAUCACCGGAUUCCCCGUCAACUUCCUCACGCUGUACGUCACCAUCGAGCACAAGAAGCUGCGUACACCCCUAAACUACAUCCUGCUGAACUUGGCUGUAGCCGGCUUGUUCAUGGUCUUCGGCGGUUUCACCACCACAAUGUACACGUCGCUGCACGGCUACUUCGUCUUCGGGCGCCUGGGCUGCAACCUGGAGGGCUUCUUCGCAACCUUCGGUGGUAUCAACUCACUUUGGUGCCUGGUCGUGCUGGCCAUUGAGAGGUGGGUGGUCGUCUGCAAGCCCAUGAGCAACUUCCGCUUCGGAGAGAACCACGCCAUCAUGGGUGUCGCAUUCACCUGGGUCAUGGCAUUGGCUUGCGUCGUCCCACCCCUCUUCGGCUGGUCCCGUUACAUCCCCGAGGGCAUGCAGUGCUCAUGCGGUAUUGACUACUACACCCGUGCCGAGGGCUUCAACAACGAGUCUUUUGUCAUCUACAUGUUCUGCGUCCACUUCCUGACCCCACUGUUCAUCAUCACUUUCUGCUAUGGCCGUCUGGUCUGCACUGUCAAGGAGGCUGCCGCCCAACAGCAGGAGUCCGAGACCACCCAGAGAGCCGAGCGUGAGGUCACCCGCAUGGUCAUCCUCAUGUUUGUUGCCUACUUGGUCUGCUGGUUGCCAUAUGCCGGCACAGCCUGGUGGAUCUUCACCCACAAGGGAGCUGAGUUCGGCCCUGUUUUCAUGACCCUCCCAGCUUUCUUUGCCAAGACCGCCUCCGUCUACAACCCAGUCAUCUACAUCUGCAUGAACAAGCAGUUCCGUCAGUGCAUGAUUACCACUCUGUGCUGUGGCAAGAACCCCUUCGAGGAAGAGGAGGGUGCCUCCACCACCAAGACCGAGGCUUCAUCUGUCUCCUCCAGCUCCGUGUCCCCAGCAUAAAGCGGCACACUCCGCCGACACACACUCCAUCGAAAAACCUGCCGGGCUCCUCAUGUGGCGGCCACCGAGACCAAGACCAAGACUUCAGCAAAGAGAACAAAGCGACCGCUACCACACACAAAAGAAAUGUCUGUGUCAUCUCACGUUUCUGUAUUUUUACGAAACCCAAUUGGUUCAACCUAAAGACACUUGAGAGAAAGGACGGGCCACGUCCAAGUUGAUUCUGUACAUUCAGCCAGUCCAACGUAAUUGUGCAUGAGGUUUUUCUUUUCCAAUGUGGCAAAGGGAAAAUGAUCUUAGCGCUCUUACUGUUGGACUCCUAAUGUUACUGGCUUUGUUGUGAUUGUAGAGGCAUGUAAUCAAGGCAACGUAAAAAUAAAAUGCACUUUGCAAAUGAA